GCCGGUAGGGAAGAAAGCAAAACCGGUCUCGAUCCUGCUAGAGACAUCAAAGGAAGAGGCUAUGGAGAAGGAGGAAGAGGUCCUUCGAGUGAUCGGAGAAAGAAGGGCGACGGAGGGACAUCGGAUACCAGAUGAGGUAGCGGGCACAAUGAAGAUAGGGAUAGACGGGUUCUUAACGGAAGAAGAAAACCGCCUGAUCAAAAGGACCUGCCAGGAAUUUCAUCUGGCGUUUGCCUUUAGUGAUCACCAGAAGGGACGACUGAAUGCGAAGUUGAUCCCUCCGGUCAGAAUCCACACGGUAGAACAUGAGUGCUGGAAUGACAAGGGGCCAUCCUAUGAAUUUGGGAUAGCGGGAGAGGUAACAGACCUCCUCCGAGCGAAGAUGGACUCCUUCGUUGCGGAGCCUACAACAUCGCCAUAUGGAAAUCGGUGGUUCGUCUUUCGGAAGCCUAACAGGACACUAAGGUGGAUUCAGGACCUGCAGAAGUUGAAUGCGGUAACCAUCCGAGAUGCUGACUCGCUACCUCAGGCUGACUUAUUAGCAGAAUCACACGCCGGUCGGAGCAUUUACUCCCUGAUAGAUCUGUAUUCAGGGUACGACCAGCUUCCAUUGGAUGUUCGGGACAGGCCAUACACCGCUAUGCACACCCCCGUAGGCCAGCUACAGAUGCAGGUGACACCUAUGGGAUUCACAAACGCGGUGGCCGAAGCGCAACGCAGGAUGCUCGCCGUGGCCGGGGACAUGUUCCCUGAAAAAUGUGAACCUUACAUCGAUGACAAUCCGAUCAAAUGCGCGCAGGAAAAGGACGAGACGGAAGUCCGGUCAGGGAUCCGACGUUUUGUGUGGGACCACCUGCAAGACAUCAAGGACUUACUCCGCUGGUUCCUAGUAUACAACAUUAUGGCUAGUGGACCAAAGAGUAUCCUAGCAGUACCGGAGGUGACUAUACUAGGAUUUCGUUGCGGUGCUUACAACAGGAAGCCGGAUCCGGCAAAGACCGACAAGAUAUCACAGUGGCCGACGCCACUGCGCACGACGACGGAGGUAAGGGCAUUCCUAGGCGUGGUCGACUUUUGGAGGAUCUUUAUUAAGAACUUUGCCAAGAUCGUUGAGCCUAUCCGGGCUAUGAUCAGGGAAGAAGGAACCAUGGAUUUGACGGAGGAGCGGGAAGGAGCUGUCCAAAGACUCAAGGACAUAUUGACAUCUGAGACAGUCGCUCUGUCCGCGCCUUGUUUUAAUGACGAAGUGGGACGACCCUUCAUCCUAGAGACAGAUGGAGGACCUUUGGCUGUAGGAGGUGUAUUGAUCCAAGGGGAUGGGGGAGGAAAAGAGAGGUCGAUUAGGUUCGAAAGUAGAACCCUGAACUCCGCAGAACGGCGGUACUCGCAAUUCAAGAAGGAAGUUCUGCAUUGCCUUAAGACCUUUCAGGCCUACACAUUUGGGAGGCGGUUCAUCUUAAGGAUCGACCCGACGAAUGUCGCAGGGGCCCUAAAGAAUUACAGGCCUAUAGAUCCGACGGUAGGGAGAUGGGUAGGAUUCAUCUGGCAGUUCGAUUACAAGAUCGAACGGAUUGCUGGAAUCCGCAACAAGGCAGAUGGACUGAGUCGGGUUUGCAUCACUCCCGAAGGGAUGGAGGAUGCAGAGCCCAUAGACACCUUUCUCGAAUACGAAGGAGGAACUCUUGCGGUGGACAACGAGAUGAUGAGCGGAGAAUGCACAUCGGGAGAACUAUUGAUCCAGACUUUGGAUAAAGGGGCACCUGCCGUAGUAGCAGAACUUAGAGAAGGACCAGUUACCACUCGAGGACGCAGAGAAGAAAAUGACUCAUGGGGAGCGAUAGUAGGACCGAAAGAGGAACUGAUAGCAAUGGCGGUCGAAGGGGGCCAGGAGGCAGUGAUGAGCUUAGUGGAAUCAAGGGAAAGGAAAGAGUUGCAACAAGUAGUAAAUCAGAUGCAGGAAGGAAAGGAUGGGGGCAAGGAAGGAGAUAAGUUUUUCUAUGUCCAAUCAUACGAAGGGCUCUUUCGGGAGAUCGGGUUGUUGUUGGUAGGAAACAAACAACCUACGAAAGUCAAUAUUAAGGCAAGAGAAGAAGCCGAAAGGUACGUCAUAAGGGGCGGGCAUUUGUUCCGGAGGGAGGAAGGUGUUAUGCCCAGAAGGGUUGUGUGCGGAAGGUCUAGGCAAGUAAACGUUAUCCAGGCAAUGCACGACGGGUUAGCUGGAGGUCAUCGGUCUUCCAAAAGAACACUUGCAAAGAUAACGCCGCUCUAUUAUUGGCCAGGCAUGGCAGACAUGAUCGCCAUAUACUGCCAGACUUGCCUCAUUUGCCAAGAACGAAGCUCGGUACGAGUCUUCGAGCCGCUUAGACCAACGCGGGUGCUAGGGCCGGGACAUCUGGUCCACCUCGACCUUGCGGUCAUGCCUGUAUCAACGGAUGGGUACAAGUAUAUCCUGGAUGCGCGAGACAACUUGCGUGGGUUCGUAGAGGCAGUCGCCCUCAAGAAAAAGAUAGGGAGAAGUGUGGCGGACUGGAUAGAAGACUUCUACUUAAGGCACUCGUUCGUCAGGAGGUUUAUAGCAGACAAUGGGAUGAAAUUUGUGAACCACGAAGUAUUGGGGAUGCUUAAGAGACUCUGCGUACCGAUUAAACUCAUCGAGCCGUAUCACCCUGAGGCCAAUGCACCAGUGGAAAGGGGGCACCGAACCUUGAAGAACACGAUUGCAAAGCUCGCAGCAGACCAUCUGGGGAACUGGCCUAAGUAUCUUAAGCACGCUGUCUUCGCAGAGAAUAUGACUCCUAAAAGGACAACAGGAUGUAUCCCGGCAGAGCUUUGGUACGGAAGAGAGAUCGACUUUCCUGUGGAAGCCUUGGUACCUACCUGGAAUAGGUUAGAUGAUGAUCCGCAAAUUACCACUGAAGAGUUAAUCGAGGAAACAUGUCAACAAAUCCUUAAGAAUGAGGAGGUCGUGGAAGACAUCGUCAGCCGGGUGCUGGACAGCAGAAUGAGGGACAAAGCAAGAUGGGACCACGUUAAGAAUGUCAGAAAGGAGCCACUUCAGGUGGGGGAGAUGGUACUGCUAAGGAACUCGGCACUAGAAAGUACUUGGCCGGGACAGUUGGGAAAGAGAUUCAAAGGCCCCUGCCGGGUCGCCAAGCGGGUGGGACUGAACACCUUCGAACUGGAAGAUUUGGAUGGGACUGUAUUGAAAGGGCCCUUCCCGGGGCAAUGACUGGUCAGGUUUCUAAGUCGGGACCCAGUGAAACAAUGGCUUCAGGAGGCCGAAGAUAAGGAAACAGAAGAGCCACAAGCUAAAGA